AUGGUGUUUCGCUGUGUGACAUCACUUCAUGGGAAAGAUGGGCUCACUUCACAAGAAAGAUAUCCAUAUCUACGUCAACUACUCAAAUUCGAUGCACAACAGUUUUUCCAUGUGAUUUGUACUUGUGCUGAUGCGAAGAUUUUCACAACAGAGUGUCGAUUACAACGGCUGCUUGAUAUCCUUUGCACGAUUUGUGUGGAAACAUCGAAUGAGCGAACCUUGUCUCAACUCGUCCAAUGUGUCUCUCAUUUGGCCAUUCACGUGCGUCUCCUACCGCAAGGACCACUUCUAGAAGAUGUGAUCAACACCCUUCUGUUGACUCCAAAUCUCUCAGAAAACUCGGAAAUGAGUGUCGUCGAAUUGUUCAGAUCAAUGCCCGAUCUAUCACUUCAAAGACCCCUUCAAUUGGCUCAAAGAAAUCCAAUCAAGACUAAGAUCUGUACAUACAUCUUGAUCACAGAACGUCGUUUUAUUGAACUCAUCAAAUGUUUCUUCGAGAAUGCGAUUGCUGCGCGUGAAGUCUUCUCAUUGAUUUCUCAAAUUCUUCAACUAAAUCUUUCACCGAUAGAAUUCAAAGAAGUGAAUGAAUAUCUGAAAGAAAACAUUAUGGCCUUAACCCUUCUUUCCCCAAAAGAGACGUCCCUCCUCGUGAUCGAUCAUUUCCCUUCAUAUCUCUCCUCGAUUCGUCCGAUUCCCGGUUUUUCCAUUGACGAUUCUCUCAAACAUUUCCCGUUACUCAGAGAAUCUUUUGGGAUACGAAAAGAUCGAAAUGAGCAUUUCUUGACAGGCGAUGAUGAGCUAGAUGAAGAGCUUUUCACAAUAACUUUUCACGGUUUUGUUCAUUUUUCAAAAAGCGAAGCAGACAAGAAAGAUCUUGAUGAAAUAUUGACGGAAUUCCUCCAAUAUUGGUUGCCAUUUGGAUCAAAAACGGAUCGCUGUCUGAAUAUCGCCUCGUCAGCGGAACUGACAGAAACCUGUGUUCUACUUUUGGAAAGUCGCGGUUUUCACGAAAGAGCCUUUCAUUUAUUGAAAGAAAAAUUGAUUGAUGAGACAUCAAAAGGAGAAUUUGAUGAAGAAAAGCUUUUAUCAUCAAUCGAUCGUUGCGUUCAAUUCAGCGUCUCACAUCGAGACGAGGCACAAAAUGGCGGAUGGAUGAGCUCUCUUUUUGAGCAUGUCAUCACCUUGAAUCAAAAUGUCAACAACAAUACCAAUCUUGGCAUCCGUUCCCGUCUUCUCUCGAUCACUCACAAACUAUUGGAAUCAGACACCACAUUGGCUUAUCAGCUACUCUCGGCUCUUUAUGAAGCUCCAUUCUUCGCUCAAGCAAAACUAGAAGAACACACCGACUUGCUGAAAUCAAUCUUGAUGGCUUGUAGCUAUGAGGAAUCGAUUCUCACUUCGAUUCAUCAUUGCCAAAAUGAAGAAAUUGGCGAAUCACUAUUUAAACUCUCAAAACUCGGCACAAAGCGAUCAACAAGAGUGGCUGGUGGUGGAUGUGUGAGAUGUAAAGGAAUCAUUGAUAAAGCAGCUUAUGUAUUUCAUUGUGGUCACGUGAUGCAUAUGGAAUGCGAUUUGAAUGGAACAAGGACAUGUCAAUGUGAAAACCCUGGAGUAUCCACGUAUCCAAGCACCCCACGCUCAAGCUCUCAUUCAAAUUCGAAGCGAAUCGUUAAAAGGGACAUUUUCUCGAAAUGGGACGACACGACUCUUGAUUGUAGUCCAAGACGAAAAAAU